AUGUCGCGUGCUAUAGACAGAUUACCCACCCCAACGCAGAUCCGCAAAAAGGAGAUCAUCGUGAUUGCCAGAAGUCGAACGGGUACAUUGUCGGUGUGGCAGGCCCUUAACAUUCUCGGAUACCGCACCUACCACGGAGCAGAAGUGAUUGCCAAUGGAAGCUCGCAUAUCGAUGUGUUCGAGGAGGCCUUGAAUGCGAAGUACUACGGCAUUGGCAAGCCGUACGGAAAAGCCGAGUUUGAGAAAUGGUUUGCAAACUAUGAUGCACUGGUAGAAAUCCCCGCUGUGUUCCUCGAGGAAAUCGUUGCCUGCUACCCCGACGCCAAGUUUAUCCAUAUCGAGCGAGACGUGGACGGGUGGUACAAGUCGGUGAUGAACACGCUGGCCGAAUCGUUCAAGGCCGUGGAUCGGUGGCCAUUGAGACAGCUUCGACUUGUGGACAGCUUUGUCGAUAAAUUCUGCAAGUUCCACCUCUUGGUGUAUCGGCUCUGGUGGCACGGGAGGGCGCUGGAAGACGGCGAGGAAGUCCUCAAGAAGGACUAUAAUGAGCUAAACCGCGCAGUCAAGGAAAUCCUCCCAAAGGAAAAACUGAAUUCAUUCCGGCUCGAAGACGGGCUUGGAUGGGAGCAGCUUUGCUCUGUACUGGACAAACCUGUCCCCGCUGUGCCAUAUCCACGAGCCAAUACACCUGAACGCUUCGACAAGAUGCAGGCUGGAUUCGUCCAAAAGGCGAUGCGGAAGGCAGUUGGAUUGGCAGUGACUACAGUGUUCGUUCCGGCGGCUGCUGUGGCUGGGUGGUAUUAUCUGCGACAUGUGCGAUCGUAG